AUGGGUGCUCGCCUCGCCUGGGCUGACACUGACAUGCUUGUGAAGUUCGGCCAUGGGGUUCGGUUAGCUGAGGCUGAGGCUCUACAUUUGGUAUCUAAACGCACAACCAUCGCGGUGCUCAAACUGCUGAGUGCAUAUAUCCUUGACGGGACUGGGUACAUCAUCAUGUCCUAUGAACAUGGAACGCCUUUUGAGCAGUACUGGGACAAUGCUUCGGAGACAGAACACCUGAGAAUCCUCGCCCAAUUAACGGACUAUGUGCAGCAAAUGCGAGCGAUUGAAGGCAACUUCAUUUGUGGGCUGGAUCGCUCGCCUUGCCGAGAUGGAGUCUUCGAAGGCGGCUAUGGUGACUAUUCCAAGUAUAGCUACGGGCCGUACGAAUCAGAGCAGAGCUUCAACGAAGGCAUGGUCCAAGCUUUGCGAGACCGGCUUCCACCAGAGUUACUUGAAAAUGAAAACGACCCGGAAUCCAUUUUUUGGACCAGUGAAUAUAUCUUGUACCAGACUGUACGAGGGUUGAGAGGACACAAAAAGUGUUCACACACGGUGACCUUCAUGAAAGUAACAUGCUGGUCCGAUCGGAUGGUACUGUGGUGCUAUUGGACUGGGUAA